UUGGGUACCGGCAAUUCAGCACAUCACUAAUAAAUGGCUAAACGCGCUGCAGGUUUUGUUAUAUUUCGUCGUAUCGAAGAACAGAUUCAAUAUCUGUUGCUACGCGCAUCUUAUGCCGAUUUUCAUUGGAGUUCACCUAAAGGUCACGUUGAUCCAGGUGAAGACGACUUUACCACAGCUUUGCGAGAGACCAGGGAGGAAGCCGGGCAAAACAAGAAAACUAAAAACUAGGUUGCAAAGGUCAGCAAAAGGGUUUUCUCCUAGG